AUGUCAAGUGCGUUUAAACUUAUGGAAGAUGUCAGGGAGGAAACAAGUCUUGAGGGUGCCCUCCUUCAGGCAUUGGAGGAUCGAACCUUUCAUGAUGUGACUUUGUUGGCUAGCGAUGGUGUUCAAGUGCCUGCGCAUCGAGUGCUGCUUGCUUUUCGAAGCGAGAUGUUCAAGGCUAUGUUGAUGGGAGACUCCUCCGAGGCCGCCAGCCCUACUAUUGAGGUUGAUUUUCCUGGUGCAGUUGUCAAUGCAGUUGUUGAGUACAUCUACACCAGCAAAGUCAGAAGUUUAUCGGAACUGCACCCAGGAAAUGUGGAAGAGAAUGGUGACAUCUCAGAGGCCAACCAUGAAGAUUUCCAAACUCUUGUCACAAUUGCUGCAGCUGCAGCCUACUGCAACCUACCCAAGCUUUGUGCUGUCAUCAAUGACAAAAUGGAAACGUAUGUGAAACAGUUUCCUUCCUUGUCAGUGGCUGUUUUGGAGGCUUGUGCUCAAGAACGCCCAGCAAUAUCCAAACAUUUGCUUGAGAUGGCCUUGUCAAAUAUUCGACACAACAAGGUUGAUAUCUUGAAGCAAGGGAUUCUGUGCUCCUUGAGCUCACCUGUUCUUGCAAUCAUUCUCAGUGAUGAGAAGUCCCUAGCACCAGAGUACAAGUGUUUUGAUAUGGUCCGACUGUGGUCUGAAGGUGGUUCUGGUGUUGAAGAGAACAGGCAAGCUCUUGCCAAAGAAUUGGUGAAGUGCCACCUUAAACUGCAUUGGAUUACUCCCGAUGUCCUCGCAGACUCUGUGGCUCCAUCGGGGCUUGUUGAUAUUGAACAGCUCGCAGAAGCCUACAAAAGGCAAGCAAUUAUGGCAAAACAUCAAUAUGGGGUGUGCUUUGAGAAACCAGGAUGUUUCUCCAAUCCAAUCUGGUGUGACAGUCAAACAAAAACAGUGGCCGAAUCCCGACCAGCUUCAAACUGGAAGAGUGACAAGCUGGUAUGUCCCCCUCUUGUCGAAGGGUGCAAAUACAAGUGGACUAUUGAUACAACUGGCACCAAGGCCGCAGAAAAUAUCAUGAUUGGUGUAGCAAAACAUUCGGCAAACCUUGACAACAACACGCACUGUGGAAGCCAAUGUUCAUGUUGGGUGGUUUGCUGUUCCACUGGACAUGCCUGGUACUCAGGAGGACAAAAAGAGUUUGUUGGAGCAAUGUGUGGCCAAUCCCAUGUCACAGUGGUGCUUGAUCUUUCUCCUGCAGAAGCAAACAAUGGCAGCUUGUCUAUUUCUGUGAAUGGUGCACGUCCCCUCAUUGUCACUCGCAGCAUGAAGGCAUGCCUUGACUCCAGCACUGACGGGUAUGUUCCAGUGGUAUCGUGCUGCAGUGGAACUAGUGUAAACAUUAUCAGCAUUAAGGAGGUGUGCUGA